ACUCUACCCAAUAAUCCAGUAUUGCUGCUGAAUCACUUCCCCCUUCCUCUAUAAAUGUGAUAAUACCCAUACCCAUCAGCUGAAAGAAGGGUAAAAGUGGAAAAGCAAAAGAGUGAAGGUUCACCUCCGACUCGAAACUCAGCAACUGAGGUGCUACCGCGGUGCUUCACCUCGCACCGCGAUUCAGCAAUGGUCACUGAUAAACUUACUAGAUCCAUACAAGGUCCAAUCUUGCAGUCAUUAAGCAUACCAACAAUUUCGGAGUUGUUGAGUAAACAACAUUGGUCAGAGCUCAAACCUCAUCUAAGAGUAACCAAACCUGCGACAUUUUUAGAUCAAUUGCUCAAUGCCGGAGUCGAUUCAGAGCUUGUUUUAAGGUUCUUUAAGUGGUCUCAGAAAGAGUACAGACUUUCAUAUGGUCUUGAACCAACUUCCAAAGUUUUACAUUUUCUAGCAAAUUCAAAAAGGUAUUCUAAAGUUAGGUCUUUUCUGGAUAGUUUUGUUAAGAAUGAGAAACAUACAGUCUCUUCUGUUUUUCACUCCCUUUUGUUGGACGGUGGUCGACCGGGUGCUACUGCUCUGAUAAUUGAUAUGUUGGUGUUAGCAUAUGUGAAAAAUUUAGAGUUGCACUGUGCUUAUGAAGCGUUUACGCGAGCUAAAGAUUAUGGAUUUAAAUUAUCACCGACUUCGUGUAAUCCGUUGUUGAGUGCGUUGGUGAAGGAGAAUAAAAUUGGUGAUGUGGAAUAUGUGUACAAGGAGAUGAUAAAGAGAAGAAUUCACCCUAACUUGAACACAUUUAACAUUUUCAUUAAUGGUCUUUGUAGAGCUGGUAAGUUGAAUAAGGCAGAGGAUGCUAUUGAAGACAUGAAGGCAUGGGGAAUUUCACCAAACGUAGUUACUUAUAACACUCUUGUUGAUGGUUAUUGCAAGAGGGGCAGUGCUGGAAAAAUGUACAAAGCUGAAGCUUUUAUGAAGGAAAUGCUUGCUAAUAAAAUUUGUCCAAAUGAAGUUACCUUUAACACUCUUAUUGAUGGGUUUUGUAAGGAUGAGAAUGUAGCGGCUGCAAAGAAGGCUUUUGAAGAGAUGCAAAAGCAAGGAUUAAAACCUAAUAUAGUUACUUAUAACUCACUGAUAAAUGGUCUAUGUAAUAACGGUAAGCUAGAAGAGGCUAUUGAUUUGUGGGAUAAGAUGGUUGGCUUGGGUUUGAAGCCGAAUAUUGUAACUUAUAAUGCUCUUAUUAACGGGUUUUGUAAGAAGAAGAUGAUGAAGGAGGCAACAAAAGUUUUUGAUGAUGUAAGUAAGCAAGAGUUGGUUCCCAAUGUUAUAACAUUUAAUACUAUGAUUGAUGCAUAUUGUAAGGAAGGGAUGAUGGAGGAGGGAUUUUCACUUUGCAGUUCAAUGCUAGAUGAAGGGAUCUUGCCGAAUGUUUCGACCUAUAACUGCUUGAUUGCAGGCCUAUGCAGAAAACAGGACUUACAGGCUGCGAAGGAGCUACUUAAUGAAAUGGAGAACAAGGGUUUAAAAGGUGAUGUUGUAACAUACAACAUCUUGAUAGAUGGAUUGUGCAAAAACGACAAAUCAAGAAAUGCAGAAAGUUUACUUAAUGAAAUGUUCAACCUUGGUCUGAAACCUAAUCAUGUGACAUAUAAUACUUUGAUGGAUGGCUAUUGUAUGGAGGGGAAACUCAAGGCAGCAUUGAAUGUCAGAAUGCGUAUGGAGAAAGAACGAAAGCAGCCAAAUGUUGUUACUUAUAAUGUCUUGAUUAAAGGAUAUUGUAAAAUUAAUAAGCUAGAGGCUGCAAAUGGGCUUCUUAAUGAGAUGUUGGAAAAGGGUUUGAAUCCAAACCGUACUACAUAUGAUAUAGUAAGACUGGAAAUGUUGGAGAAAGGUUUUAGUCCUGACAUAGAAGGACACUUGUAUAAUAUCUCUAGCAUGUCUUAACAGGAAGUUUUGAUGAACUGAUGAUAGAUGUGAUUUUCUUGAUCAGUGUAUUAUUUAUCUAUCUUUUUUUUUUAAGAAGCCAAAGUUAUCACUGUUUAGAGUUGAGUUUCAUAAAAGAUUCACAGGAUAAAGAUCAACUUGUACAUAUCUUGGUUUUAGCUGCAUUUUUGCUUCACAUA